CGGAGCUGCAAUCAAACAAAAUUGUUAUUUUUUGUGCUUCUAGUGGCCAAACUCAUCAUGUACACGUUAGCUGUUGCAGUAAGCAGAAAGAUGUGGUUCAAAGUGGCUCUCCUCUUUGGCGUCUGUUUGACUGCAGCAGCAGCUCAAAAAAUUAAAACGCUCGAUUUGAGUUGUUCAGCAGUAGCAAAAGCCACACGUUGCCUUCUGAAUAACGUCAAUGUACAAGAGAAGGAGAUAAUCAACCCGACAGCCAACCCAUCAACCGAAACGGAACUUUGGAUCGAAAACUCCCAGCUGACCUACUUUCCGGAUGUUCUGUUCACUAGAUUCCCCAAAAUGGAAACACUUGUUGCGAAGAAAGUCGGGCUGAAAAAGCUUCUUUCGAAUACUUUCUCCAAAGCACCAAAUCUGAAGCAUUUGGACCUAUCAUCGAAUGCUGUCGGUUUGCUACCGAAUGACGUUUUCGGGCCAUGUCAACAAUUUGAGACGAUCAACAUCGCAGAGAACCGGCUUCACACAUUGAACGGAGUCGCUCUGAUGGGAUGCAACCGGCUGCGACAGGUGAAUGCGUCCUUCAAUCAGCUAAUCUACAUAAAUUGGGACCCACUGAAUGAUUUGCGUUUGCUGGAGCAAGUUGAUGUGAGCAACAAUUGGAUUACCGAGAUAACCGUGCCGAAAUAUGUGCGAAAGUUGAAAGCGCAUAAUAACCACAUCCACCAACUGAAGGCUGAUCGCGAUUCGUUCGUGUUUAUGCUAGAAUAUUUGGACAUUUCUCGAAACCGGUUGAGUAGUGUUGACGUGCUAGUACGUUUUGUGAAGCUGACCUACAUUAACCUUUCGCAUAAUCGGCUGUUGAGCAUUGAUUUCGCCUUGUUCAAAAACAUGCGCUCGUUGCAAGAGAUUCGUUUGGCUCAUAACAACAUCUUUGCGGUGUCGACCACCGAACUCAAGCCAAACUCUCUCAAAUUUGUUGAUCUUUCCAACAACGAACUUACACGGUUGGCGGCUAACGACAGUGCCGGGUUUGGAUCGGUGGAAAAAUUGCUUCUGAACAACAAUUAUCUGGUAAGUUUCGAAGUAUCUAAUGGAUCCACCAAUUUUCCUAACUUACGGGAAGUUUUUCUGGGUAAUAAUGACUGGGCAUGUCGGGAUAUCGAAGUCGCAUUGGAAGAAUUUAAAGCUAAGAAUGUGGUCGUGAACUUAGGCAGCAAACAGUGUACUCCUUACCAGGUGUUGAAAAGAGGAAUUUGCUGUCGGGACUUGGGUACUUCCUUCGAUGAGCUAGUGUUACUUAAAGCGGAAAAGCUAACCGAGCUUCACCCAAGUUCAACAACAGCCAGAGCAACACAGACGUCCACCAGCAAACCAAUCGCACAGAAAAUUCAGAUGACGUCACUAUCAUUAUCUCCAGCUGGCCAACCAAGCAACGAAAAUCUAGAAACCCUCCGUCAAGCUUUGAAAGAAGCGGAAACGCGCCUAGCUGCUGCUCAGUCCCAACUGACUGCUGUGAACAAUGAGAAACUUGCUUUAAAAAUGUCACUGGAUAAAGCGAAAAAUGAAGCAGCGCUGAUUGGAGAGAAAUUAGCCAGAUGUAAGUCUACCUUUAGCCAGCGGACAAGUCAAGCAGUACUGAUUGAUUGAUUGAAUGUGAUACCAACUCUGUAAUACUUUGAAGCUGUCUCAAAAACUAUAAUUAAAUGGAGAACAAUUUCAGUUCAGGGAAUAUAGGCUUUGUAUAAAGUGAGUAACAUGUUUAAUUGCGUUUAGUUGAAAAAUCUCAAUGUAAAUGUGCCAUACUUUCUAUAAGAAAAAACCUAAAUUAAUCCACCUAGCGGUCAGACCCAGCCUUUCUCAUUCAAACUUUUAUUUGUAAAAAUAGAUUUACAUGAACGCUUCAAUCCAAUAAAUGUAUAUUCACUCUUUAG